AUGAGUCGUCUUCAGUGUAGCCUACGCAAUGUGAGUGAAUGGUCGGAAAGACGUCUCACGGAAGCACGUGGUUCGCCAGGUACAGAAAACAGCUGAACGAAACGUUGAAGAUGAAUUUGUGUCGUGGACCAUAGUGGAAAUGGAAAAAAUCACAAUCAGAAGACCGCGAUUUUCGGUUACUGUCAGUUUAAAGGCGCAUACUCACAAAUCUGUCUUCAAGAAAACAUUUUCUUUCUUUUUUUCAACCAAAAAGUUAAUGUGUAUUUAUCAAUGAGGUCAGAAAUAGUGAGAUCUGAUAAACAGUUGCCGUUGGUUUUAAUGCUUAUCUUGUUUUCACUUUACACUCCAGUUUCGCACUGCGUUCCCGUUUUGCGACAUAUUUUCUGCGACUAAUAAAGACUUUCUGUGGGAAAAUACUUCUUCUCUUCAAAGUUAUCGAGGUGAAAUUAUCGAAAUGGAAUCGAAUAAAGCAAGAGAACUGCGCUUCUCCCCCCACAACGCGUGCAAUUUCCCGUCGACUAUUGCGCCUUCACUGUUUGCUAUUGAUUCGUUUUGAGAAAUGUUAUCAGAACUUUUUUCUCUUUGCGUGUCUCCGCCGAGGAAAAAAAUCAUCUGAAUUGGCAUUGAUUGUAUUUUUAUAGGCAGUGAAAUAAUCAUGAUGAACGCACUUAUCAUCAAAUCCGUACUCAGCUAUGUAGAGGUGAGUUUUUUGUGUGACGUUUCAGACAAAGCAAUCAGAAAUAGUUUUCAGUUCAGUACAGUGGCCGCUGUAAUGGUGGUUUUCGUAUGUGCAUUGAUUUCAUACUCAGUAUCCGUUCGGAGGCCACUCUACUACAAUCUAUUCAUCGUUGAAAUGCACACGUGGACAGCAAGAAGGAUAGUUCAGGCAUGACGUCGCUUCCUAUGUUCCCAACUGACAUUUUCUCUUUUCCAGGUUCUCCAUCUCGGUCAGGAGUUUAAUCCGCCGGUUCCAUGGGACCGCCUCGUUCAAAGAAUGCGAGCGAGAGCUCCGAGAGUUCAAGGAGAGCAGCGAGUGGCCAUUUCUGACACAAACAUUGUCAUUCAGUCACCCAACACAGUCAUAGAUUCUCCUGCGCCUUCCCGGUUUAACACGAAAAAUACAACACAUGCUUAUGAUGGUUUUUAGAAGUCCAGAUGUCGAACGCAUCACUUUGUGGGACAUUGAAAUGCCGCCUCCGCAACCAGGAGAAGUACCUCAUCCGACGAGAGAUAGUCAGUAUGCGGCGGCUGCUGCAAUCGCCAUUCUUGCCAGAGGGUCAGUUUUGGCAACCAAACAACUAUACAGAACUGAUUUUCAGAAAUGAUACGACACUCUUUUCGAGAGUCUUCCAAAACACGCAAAGGCGGACCAAUGACAGUGAAGACGGAUUGCCGAAUGUAAAUCGAGCAAGAUAUGUCAACGUGAGCAUUAAAAUGAUACCGGUUGAUAGACCUUCAUGCAUUUUUCCAGCCUCGUUAUUCGCAACAUGACUAUGUGACAACAGACGUCACUUACACAACUCCUGGUCAGUUUUCUGUCCAAUCCGCGUCUCACUCAUUAUUUUCAGUGAUUUCUCCCGAUUUUCCGCAUCAGAUUACAACUCAAGAUCUAACCCAGCAUCCGACUGAACCUCUGAUCGCUCGAUAUAACAGGCGGCAGGGAGAAAAUCUGAAUGGGAUCGACGAAGAAGUCGGUGAAGAGUUCGUUCCGGAUUACGAUGAGGACAGAAGCGACGAAGAGUCGAUCAGUCCUGAAGGGGAGGAACAUGAAGUGCAUGAAGAUGAUGAAAUACAACUGGAAAUACUGUCACCGAGCGAAUACGCAAGAAAUCGGCAGGUUCUGAAUGAGCUAGUUGAGCCGACCACUGAAGUAGAAAUCGAGAUCCUUUCGCCCAUCACACGUCGCCCGAUUGCCAGCAAUCCUGUGAACGAAGACGAUAGCUCCGAAAUUGAGAUUGAGAUUCUGUCGAGGGAAGACAGAAGGCUUCAGCAGUCUGCAAGCGUCUCGGCACCGAAUAGUGAUUUAGUCACGGAAACUCUAAUACAAGAUAGUAAAUCUGAGAGUUCGAAUGUAGAAAGAUCAGAGGAGAAAGUGUUGAUUCGAUUGAAGUUCUUGGACGAUACGGAGAAAGAAGCGUACGCGUCAUUGGGAGACACUGUGGCCAAGUUCAAAAUGGAACACUUCGCUGAUCUCUCGAACAAAGUUAUUAGACUUAUUUUCCAAGGUAUUCAACUUCAAAACCAGCUUUUUUUCAUUGAAUUUAUUUCUCAGGCCAACUUCUUCGUGACGACAACCUCACUCUGCAGCAUUACGGACUGCAGGCGGGGAGUAUCGUUCACUGCCACAUCAGCAACAUCCCGUACACUCGGCCCGGCGUUGUCACUCUUCCUCCACUAGUUCCAGAUGAAUCAUCCCUUCGUCGCAGAACUCAUCGUUCUGCAGCCUCGCCGCCAGCUCGAAUCGCUCUGAUUCCACCUGACCACGAUUUGCCUCCUAUCACAGCGCAUAAUCACGUGACGAGAAGAGCAGCGAUCGACCGGAACCAAGUCUACAUGUUGCUUGCGGCAUUAUUGCCAACUCUGUCAGGCGCCGUCUUUGAAUUGUUGCGUCCAGAAAGGAUAAGACAGCUUUUCCGUCUGGAUACACUUCUCAAUAUCAGGCAUUGGCUCUGCGACUUUCUCCUCGACAAUGGACUUCUGCCACAUAACAGAGAUGAAGUGUCUUCUCUGCAGACUACCACUCUUUUCUUUAUUUUCGGCGGUACGCGUUCCCCGCUCGUUCCGUAAAUCGUUACCUUUCGUUCAGGUCAGCUGUUCUCUGUGAGCUUCUUCUUCUACUACUUUCCGGACGUAUUCGACCGUGUCGGCUGCUGCAUCUUCAUCAUUGUUUUUCUUUAUUUCGUAUUCGUCGUUUACUCCCGGCAACGAAGACGCCAGCCAGAUGCGCAAGAUCCGAGUGACUGGCUUGAGGAUCAGAUCGUCCGAGAGAGAAUCAGCCUUUUUUGAUCUAUUGAGGUAACUGCCGUUGAAAUCCUGUUCUCCUUCUCCAUGCUCUAUUUUCAGGUCCGUGUACAUUCACAAGUUGAUAAUUUAUAGCCACAGCUACACAAAAAUGGGUAACAAUCAAACGCUAAGACGAAACAUCGAUUCAAUCCGUGUGCUCUGUAUAUAUUAA